CGCUUCUGCAUGUUGAAUAAGUCAACACAAACUUAACCACGAGCGAUGUAGGUUGCAAAAAGACCAGAACUACAUACUCAAGCCCGAAAUCAUAAAUUUCUGUGAGAAUGGGUUUAAAUAAUACCGGAGAUGAACUUUAUGCAAUAGAGGAGGUCAAAAAAUUACGCACUACUGACCCCAGUUCGGCGAAAUCGUGGAUAAUUACAGCCAAAAGCCUAUUUCCCAAUAACUUUAACAUACAAUUUGAGGCUUACAAACUGGAAAAAGAAGCCAACAAUUACGAAGAGGCGGCAAAAUGCUUCAGUUACAUAAUAUUAACUUUUCAGAAUCAAAAUGUCGAAUUGUGGGAGGAGGUUAAUGAGUUGACCAGUGCGUUGCGUGCGCCAGAAAAUGAAAUAACAUCCACGCAGGAGUUCUAUGUUAAAAUGUUUCAACAUGUCUCUUAUGAUGUGCAGCAUAAAAUUUUAAUGCUCACAGUUAAUAAUACCGAAAACAGUUUAAACCAAUGCAAAUUAUUGCUUUUAGUGCUUAAAAGAUUUCCUCAAGCCUUAGUUACCCAUUCACCUCGUUUAUUGGAAAUGAUAGCCGAUGGUAUGAAGCAGAAUCCUCAAAAAUAUCAAGACUUAUUGGUGGAAGAAGCCUUACCUUUAUUUUAUCAUAAAAGUCUAGAUUUACCUGCCGGUCUUGUGUGUCGAAUAUUCACGACAUCUCUAGAAUAUUACAUACGUCAAAUUAUCGAUGAAAUCAAAUGUGACACGAAUGAGAUCUGGAAAAAGAUUUUCCAAGUGUUAUUAUUGUGCGGUCAAAUUCAACGCUGGGAAGUAUUUUUGCCCUUUAAUAAAAACUGGGGUCAAGAUGUCUAUUGGGAUAAACUGAUAGAAAUUGUAUCAAGUAGUGCAGCGGGUAGCACACAAGUUCUCUUUUACGCCACAACUUUGUUUAUAUAUUCUUUGCAUUGUUAUAUUAAAAACUGCGAUACCCGACCUGACGAAAUACAAUUGAACCACGUAUUAGUUGAAGGUUUCACAAAUUGGCCACUAGAACGUAAUGAUAUACAAAGUAAUGAACCACCACAGAUAUCGUUAACCACUGCCGUCAGCAAAGACUUAUCAAAAGCUUUUGUACAUGCUGCCCAAUGUUGGCAACUUUUAAACACCGAACAAUUUCAAAGAGAUUUCAGUAAGUUACUCUUGACUCUACCUUUGUCACCGUGGAUAUCAAGAUUUCUAUAUGAUUUGGCCAUUUAUUUUGGUCACAAGGAGGAAGCCAAAACUUUAAUGACAGAAAUGGCAAUAAAAAGUUCUCUCGUUCAUAAUCUUUUAAAACUUAGCUUAAAUUUAUUGAAUGGGUCGUUAACGUUCGAUGGUUUCAAAUGUAUACUAAAAAUUUUAACCGAUCUUCCUGCAACCCAAGGACAAUUGUUGGAGCAUUUAACCCUUAAAGUACCAAGACAUAUGAUAUUCAUACCCUUAGCACAGAAAGCUCUGGUCCAAUAUUGCACCAAAGCCAUAGUCACUUGUCUGAGCCGAAAACUUUAUGAACCGAACUGUCCUGACGAAAUCUUGGGAGAUCUUCUAAUUUUACUACAAGUAGAUUAUCCCCGUGAUACAGAGAUGGCUGAGCAGAUCUUUUCGCUUAUAGCGACGCGACGUUCAUUUGUAUUUCGCAAUUUUUCUAUGUACAUCAUCACAAUUGACUUUAUUGAAGAGUUUAUGUAUAUGUGGAAUAAUUACAACGAUACUAUUAAUUUUGAUUUUAAUGCAUCACAUAAUACUGCUACGGGUUCGAUAGCCACACGUCGCACACGCGGUUUUGACAAGGGAGUAAGAGAAGAUUUUCGUUCAAUUAUAAAACAACAAAUUUCACGAGCCAAUGAAAACCUGACCACAUUGAUAGCUAAUUUUAUUACGCAAGAACAAAUUAAAUUAAUACACAUUAUGUUUGGCGCGGAAGCGGCUCAAUUUCAAUAAGAAAGAAACUCAUGCA